UUGCACAUAGUUCGUAGGCACACUUGAGUGUAAAACUGCUAUGUCAUUUGAGUGGAUACACUUUAUACCUCCAUGCAGAUAAUUAUUGCUGUUGGUGGUCUGUAUUAGUCAUCUUGUUUACUACUGAAAAGUUACUAUAAAUGUUGCAGUUACGGAGUAAUUAUCAACAGUUCGAGUUCUAAGUUGCGCUCGCAUAGACAAUUGUGUAUUUAAAACGGUAGAUAGUCUACAACUCGAGAGAUCGGAGUUAUGGCGGUAACAGAAAUUCUAUUGAGCAUUAUUUUGGCGGCAGUUGCUGCGCUCAUUUAUAUAACACAACGGAACCUAACUUAUUGGCAGCGCAGAGGCAUACCUUGUGAUACACCCCACUGGAUUCAUGGUAAUCUACAGGGUGUCACAAAGACACAAAGUAUUGCCGAAGCCUUUACGAAAGUCUACAAACGUUACGUCGGGUCGGGCCCCUUUUGUGGACUUUAUUUUCUGCAAAAGCCUUCGGUUCUGGUGCUCACACCGGAGUUGACCAAACAGGUGUUAAUUAAAGACUUUGGCAAAUUCACCGAUCGUGGCCUCUAUAUCAAUGAGAAGGAUGAUCCGCUCAGUGGACAUUUGUUUCUAUUACAAAGUCAUAAAUGGCGCGUAAUGCGCAACAAACUCACGCCCACCUUCACCUCUGGCCAAAUGAAGUUCAUGUUCCCCACUGUGGUUUCGGUGGCUGAACAAUUCGUCGAUACCAUAAAUACCGAACUGGCAAAGAGUAACGAAAUAGAGAUCAAGGAUUUUAUGGCACGUUUCACCACCGAUGUGAUUGGGUCGUGUGCUUUUGGCAUUGAGUGCAAUAGUCUCAAGAACCCGGAUGCUAUUUUCCGUGAAAUGGGACGUCGUAUUUUUACCGAUCGUCGGCAUUCAAGUUUCGUGAAUGCAAUGAUAACUGCGGCGCCGUCUGUGGCACGCAAAUUGCAUGUGCGCAUGAUACCGGACGAUAUAACGGAUUUCUUUCUGAAUAUUGUACGUGAAGCUGUUGAUUAUAGGAAGAAGAAAGAUGUGCAGCGUAAUGACUUCUUGAACAUACUGAUGGAGCUAAAUAAAGGUAAAUUAAAGUUCGAUGAUAGCGCCGAUGAGAAGGGGCUUACGCUGGAGGAGAUGGCCGCGCAAGCGUUCGUGUUCUUUGUUGGUGGUUUUGAGACCUCAUCCACUACUCUCUCAUUUUUACUAUAUGAGUUGGCUGUCAAUCCAGACAUACAACAGCGUUUGCGUGAAGAAAUAUUUGAGGCGGUUGAGAGUCAUGGUGGCAAGGUCACUUAUGAAUGUGUGAACUCGAUGACUUAUCUGAAACAGGUUAUAUCAGAAACUCUCCGCAAAUAUCCAGUACUACCACAUUUGCAGCGCAAGGCUAUAGCCGAUUAUGUUGUGCCUGGACAUCCCCAGUAUGUGAUCGAAAAAGGUACCAUCGUAUAUAUACCAGUUAUGGGAAUACAACAUGAUCCCGAGAUUUACCCGGAACCAGAAAAAUUUCUACCGGAACGUUUUGCAGCGGAGGAAAUGCAGGCGCGUGACUCCAUCACUUGGCUGCCCUUCGGUGAUGGUCCGCGCAAUUGCAUCGGCCUGCGUUUUGGUCAAAUGCAGAUACGCGUCGCACUGACUUAUUUGUUGCGAAAUUUUGAAUUUGGUACUUGUUCACAGACAGAUAUUCCGUUGGUACUAGAUCGCAAGCAAUUCAUAACCACUGCCAAAGGUGGCAUCCAUCUCAAAGUACAAGCGAUUUGAGUAAUAUAUUUUAGCUUAAUGUGUAUAUUUUUAAAUGAGACUGCAUUAAAUCCAUAAUUGUUAUUUAGAAACAUAAAUUUCAAUAAAAAAUUGUCUCAAAGAAUCUGCGCACAAUCGGUAUUUUGCAUUUGAAACCGACUGAUAUGCUUCGAAACUUGUAUUUAAAAGCUUCAUAGCUUUGAAGAAGGGACUUGAUUAGAUAUUAAUCUAUGUCUACAAAUUGCCGGCAGCAUCAAACUAGUAAU